AUGAACAUUUUCUCCAAAAUCGAUCUGGUCAAAGCGUACAACCAGAUACCUAUGGCAGCAGAAAGUAAAGCGAAAACAGCCAUUAUUACUCCUUUUGGCUUGUUUGAAUUCCUGCGCAUGCCAUUUGGUCUUCGGAAUGCAGCACAAACAUUCCAAAGCUUUGUGGAUGAUGCCUUCCGUGGUUUGAAUUUUGUUCAUGUCUACAUCGAUGACUGUCUAAUUGCGAGUAUACGCCCAUUGAGAGAUAAAGUGGUGGCUAUCACGAACUAUCCAGAGCCGACCACUGUGAAACAUCUCCGCACUUUCAAUGGCCUGGUAAGUUAG